CAACACAUACAGAAGCUACUCUCACUGCUGUCGUCACUGAGGUCAGGUAGACAGAGCGAAGAUGGCGACCGCCUACGAAAGAUACAAUUUGCACACGACCCCAGAGAAGUUCUUCAUUGAGGCCUGUGAUGAGGGGGCUGAUGCUGUCCUGGCAAUCGACAGGGUCUCAAAUGAGAUGACCCUAACAGGCAAAAAAGAUGUCCCUCCCUCAGCAGUCACCAGACCUAUAUGUGGCAUCAUGGGAACCAUUCGCCUGGUAGCAGGGAUGUACCUGAUUGUCAUCACCAGGAAGAGGAAUGUGGGCAGCCUCCUGGGCCACGCUGUGUGGAAGGCUGUGGAUUUUGACAUCAUCUCUUAUAAGAAGACAGUGCUGCACCUCUCAGAGAUCCAGUCUCAGGAGAACAAGACUUUCCUGUCCAUGAUCAACAAUGUACUGACUACAGAUGGCUUCUACUUCUGCACUGACUACGAUCUUACACACAGUCUGCAGCGGCUGGCCAACACCAGCCCAGACUUCCAAGAGAUGAGCCUGCUGGAGAGGGCAGAUCAGAGGUUUGUGUGGAAUGGGAACCUGUUGAGAGAACUGUCUGCGCAGCCAGAGCUUCAUAAGUUUGCACUUCCUGUUGUCCAUGGAUUCAUUGUCAUGAAGCCAUGUCGGAUCAAUGGAAAGAUCUUUGAGUGGAUCCUCAUCUCCCGGAGAAGCUGCUUCCGGGCUGGCGUCAGAUACUACGUUCGAGGCAUAGACUCUGAAGGCCAUGCUGCUAACUUUGUGGAGACGGAGCAGAUAGUUUUGUAUGAAGGAGCAAAGGCUUCAUUUAUACAGACACGAGGUUCCAUGCCCUUUUACUGGAGUCAGAGGCCCAACCUCAAAUACAAACCCAAACCUAUCAUCAGCAAAACCACCAAUCACAUGGAUGGUUUCCAGAGGCAUUUCGACUCUCAGCUCCUCAUCUAUGGGAAGCAAACUAUUCUUAACCUGGUGAAUCAGAAGGGCUCAGAGAAGCCACUGGAACAGGUCUUUGCCAAGAUGGUUUCUGGCAUGAACAAUGGUAUGCUCAAUUACAUUGCCUUUGACUUUCACAAAGAGUGCAGCCACAUGAGAUGGGACCGUCUCCAGAUCUUAGUGGAUGCUGUCACUGAGACACAAGAUGAAUACAGUUACUUCAUGGUGAACUCAGAGGGGAAGACGGUGGCCCAGCAGAGAGGAGUCUUCCGCAGUAACUGCAUGGACUGUCUGGACAGGACCAAUGUCAUCCAGAGCCUGCUGGCCCGACGCUCCCUGCAGUCUCAGCUCCAGAGGAUGGGAGUUCUGAACGUUGGUCAGCGGAUUGAGGAGCAGGCUGAGUUUGAAAAGAUCUACAAGAAUGCAUGGGCUGACAAUGCCAAUGCAUGCGCUGUACAGUACGCAGGAACUGGAGCCUUGAAAACAGACUUCACCAGGACAGGGAAGAGGACCAGGUGGGGUCUGCUGAUGGAUGGCUGGAACUCAAUGAUCCGUUACUACAAAAAUAACUUCUCUGAUGGAUUCAGACAGGAUUCCAUUGACCUGUUUCUGGGUAACUUUGCCGUCGAUGACUCUGAUGGACCCACUCCUCUCCGUGUGCAGAAGGACUGGAAGUUCCUCACGCUGCCCAUCAUUAUGCUGGUGGCAUUUUCCAUGUGCAUCGUCUGUCUCCUCAUGGCUGGUGACACGUGGACAGAGACCCUGGCUUACGUGAUGUUCUGGGGUGCCGCCAGUGCUAUUACAGCCACUAUCAUCCUGUUUAACGGCCAGGACUUUGUGGACGCCCCCAAACUGGUUCACAAGGAGAAGCUGGACUGAGCAUGCAUGCGCGUCUUUGUGUACAUGUGUGUAUGUGAGCAGUAUCUGGGCCCAGCAGGUUCAUAUACCUCGUGAUCUUCACCGUCUUUUUUCCUAGGUCUGGACUCCAGACUGAUCUGCUGCCUCCAGACUACCCUCCAGACUCUCCUCCAAAACAAUUUUUUUUUCUCUGUGGUUUGUCUACAUGAUUAACCCUCUUCAGUUUUACUACACACACUCCGUCACAUGGUUUACAUCUCAUCUCCUACAUUCUGCAUACUGUAACUAUAGCUUGGUUUUAUUUGCUUUGUUAGCGUAAGGUUGUCAGUUACGGAGAGAAUCUUUGAUGGCACUUUAGUAAACUGUCUUCUUUUUCCACACAAAAAUAUUUCCAACACUACGCUCAAUUUCUCAUUUGUAAAUCAUUCUUCAAAUUUAAAAUCUGUCAAAAUGUUAUGACAAGAUUUUUUCUGUUGUGCUUCAUUCCAGGCCUUUAAGGCCCUGCACUCCCACACAGGGCUUUUCCAUUACUGGCUGAGUAGACCUCCUGUCAGGUUCAAGUUUGGUGGAGCUACGCUGGAAAUUACAUAAUAACCCCAAGCUCUGCAUACAAAUAAAAAUGAUGUCCCACCCUAACAGGAAACAACGGCAGAGUGAAGGAGAUGUCAGCGUCUACAUGUAUACAGUUUUAGAACAAGCUGAAAACACCGUAUUCAGUUGACAUAAUGACAAACAUGGAAGCAAACAGUCACUGACUUUGUUUGUGUGGUGUUGGGCAGGAAGUGACCGAGCACUGAUGACAGUGUUUGCACUGCAGACAUCUGCCUGCUGCUGGAGAGGAGGCUGACCACAUCAGCUCUGUGAAUCCAAAACAACGAGCUAAAGAAGCUGAAAAGCUCAGUAGUGGUUCUGAGCUGCAGAUACUUCUGUGUUCAUCACCACAAAAUGAACCUUUCAUAUUACACAUCAUCAUUUGAUCAAUUAUUAAUAUAAAAACCCUUGAUUAGAUUUAAAGUUACCUAAUGUCAUUAUUUAUUAAUGUCAGUUAACCCUAAAGAGCCCCUAUCAAAAGAUGUGGCACUUCAACAUGCAAUUUAUUGAAACAUAGUCUGUGAUGUAUGUACCCAAUGAAUAGAGCACUAUACAGUAUGUACAUGUUGAGUUUUGAAUGUAACAAGCCUUACAAAUUUGCAUAUGAAAUAUAAAUCUUUGGCUCAUG